CACAGCAAGAGUUUACUAACAUGGGAACCACUGGACGAUCGGUUCUUCUGCUGUUAUGCCUCGUACUGGCUACUGCCCUACCAGAAUCCAACCGCGAAAAGCGAUCCCCGGAUGGACAUGGACAUCAUGGGCAUCAUGACCACGGACAUGAUCACGGUCACGACCACGAUCAUGGACAUGGCGGUGGCGUUCCAAUUCACACUCCUGAUGUAGGUGCCGGAUAUGGUAGCCCAAUAGCUGUUUCGUCUUACGAUACGAAACCGGAUCAACAGUAUUACGAUCAGCAGUCCUAUUCUGCUCAGCCAUCUGUACCUUCCUACGGUACCCCUCAAGGAUCCCAACAAUACGAAACAGCUCCCAUCUAUGAUUCCCCCGCAUACAGUGCUCCUGCAUACAGCCCUCCUGCAUACAGCCCUCCUGCUUACAAGGCUCCUGCAUACAGCCCUCCUGCAUACAGCCCUCCUGCAUACAGUCCGCCUGCAUACAGCCCUCCUGCUUACAAGGCUCCUGCAUACAGCCCUCCUGCAUACAGCCCGCCUGCAUACAGCCCGCCUGCAUACAGCCCGCCUGCUUACAGUCCUCCUGCUUACAAUAAUCCCAAUCCUGUUCCCCAAUACUCCUCACCUACCCCUGAAAGUUACUCAGUUCAAGCUUCACCAUCUUACAAUCCUCCUGCACCCCACUACACAGCUCCUACUCCUUCAUAUAGCCCCGCAGCCCCCCAGUACACGCCCUCGGCUCCUUCUUACAGCGCCCCAGCUCCUCAUCACAGCCAAUCCUACGAGGUACCUCAACAAUCGUAUGAAGCCCCACAAGAGUCGUACGAAGCUCCCCAACAUUCUUAUGGAGCCCCAAAAGCUAAGAAACCCAAGGGCAGUUAUGGCGCCCCAAAAGCUAAGAAACCAAAGGGCAGCUAUGGAGCUCCAAAAGCCACCAAGAAACCAAAGUCCAGCUAUGGACCUCCUCAGAAAGCUUAUGGUGCUCCUCAACAGUCGUAUGGAACACCAUCGCCGUCUUAUCAGGCUCCUUCCUACCAAGCCCCGAGCCCAUCUUAUCAAGCCCCAGCUUAUUCUACUCCGGCCUACACUCAACAAGCCUACUCUCCCCAAAUCUAUGGUCAUUAAACACUGCGUGAAUCUGCUGGCUGAUUCGCAUACUUUCAUCCUCUCUUAGACUACUUAAGAUGCUUUAUUAUACAUUCCAACAUUUUAUUUGCAAUACAGUGCUUACCAGGCAUAAAUUAGUAUCUGGAUUGGACCACUAAAUUU